AACGAAAAUCUACUAAUCAACCCAACCGGAAAACCCGAAAAGCACUUUUCUUAAGCAGGAGAAGAGCUUUUCAACAUGGCGUUGAUCCUGAUUACCCUCAUGGUUAUCCUGGCCGCUGGGCCCACUUGGUCAGCCCCUUCGAUCAUUCAGAUGAGGUCGGAGAAGAAGAUCCUUUUGGCCGCUGACCACCUGUACUGCAGCAGCUGGCGCUUCACGGUGGAGACCAACGACGCCGGCGCGUGGACGCGUGUGCCGGUCAGGUGCGUCGAUUUCGUCAAGGAUUACAUCACCGGCGACCUUUACGCCUCCGAGCUGGAGGCCGUGGCCGCCAAUGCGGCGGAAUACGCCAGGGAGAUUGGGAUCUCCGGCGACGGGAGGGACGCCUGGGUUUUCGACAUCGACGAGACCUUGCUCUCCAAUGUGCCCUACUACGCCGCCAAUGGAUUCGGGUCGGAGAAAUUUGAUGAACAUGCUUUCAACGAAUGGGUAGAGUUGGCUGAGGCUCCUGCAAUAGCCCCUAGCUUGAGAUUGUACAAGGAGCUUCAGGAGCUAGGCUUCACAGUAUUUCUGCUGACUGGUCGGGAUGAAUAUGAGAGGCACGCUACCGAGCGUAAUCUAAUGUAUGCUGGAUUCAACAACUGGGAAAAGCUUAUCCUCAGGGGAAAGGCUGAUGAAGGUACGCCGGCAACAGUGUAUAAAUCUGAGAAGAGGAAGGAGAUAGAGGAUGCAGGUUACAUAAUACAUGGGAGCUCCGGAGAUCAGUGGAGCGACUUGAUAGGAUUCGCUGUGGCAAGACGAUCCUUCAAAUUACCGAACCCCUUAUACUACAUUGCCUAGUAUGGAGAGAAGUCAUAUAUAUUCUGCUCCAAGUAUCAGCUACUGGUCUUGCAAAUAUUUCCAGGUCUUUUCACGGAACUUUCUUGAUUCAAAAAAUAAGGAUAUGCAUUGGCAGUUUGAGGUCAGAUGAAGGGAAGCCUCCUUGCUUUGUUUUAUGACUGCAUUUUAGGCCACUGUAAAUAUUUGCGACUUCAACGAAGUUUAACAUUUUUUGGUAAUUUA